AUGAUAACAAGGGCAAGUGGUUCGGCUGCCAAAUAUGCCCUGAAGAUCGAGGUCGGGAAAGGCUGGGAAGAAAUCCCUUUCAAUGCCAACCAAGAAAUGCGCCCGUGUCGGGCUAGAGCAACUGGUGGAAACCCACUUGACGACGAGGUUGAACAACUGCUCACCAACCACGUGCUCACAGCAGAUCCUCGAACGUUGUUAGCACUGACAUUAGUCGCAUUUGCUAGUGCAAUUCAAGUGGUUAUAUUCGCGAUUAUUUGUGUAUUUUACGACGGAUGUCCAUAUUACGUCGGAGUUAUUAUAGGAAUUCUCUUAUUGCUUAAUACUACUGUAAUAUUUAUUUUUUGUAAAUGCAGGCCUACACGAGGAUGGCUGAUAGCCAGUUGUAUAGCCGCCUCCAUGUCAUUUGUACAAAGUGUGUCGUUGUUCUUCUGGACGGCGUAUCUCGUCAACAACGAGGACAAGUAUCUCGAGCGAAUAGGAGCGAAUGAGAAUCGAAUUGUUACCAGCACACGAAUCGCAAUGUAUUCGCUACAGAUGAUAUUCUCACCAAUUCAUGCGAUAGCAGCAGCGAUUACGGUAUUCGUGCUCUACGACAAUAUGCGGUCCUUGGGCGAAGAGAAAGUCACUCGUGGAUACUUCCUCAGCGAACCACAACUGGGACAUCAGAAGAUACUGGUUCCGAUUGAGUUGCGUCAAGUGCGAGAUAUGAGCGACGACGAGACCGAGAACGCUUCAAUAGGCGUGCAGACUAGCGGCACGAGAACGCAGCAAGUCUAA